AUGACCUCUCUAAUUGUAUGGGAUGAGGCUCCAAUGAAUAAUCGGUGUUGCUUUGAAGCAUUGGACCGCUCACUUCGUGAUGUCCUGACAAAUGGUAACGACUUGCCCAAUGAUAAACCGUUCGGUGGGAAAUCAAUUUUGUUAGGAGGAGAUUUCAGACAGAUUUUACCUGUUAUUCCCGGAGGAACAAAGGAAGACAUUGUUCAUGCAUCUCUUUGCAGCUCUGUUUUGUGGUCUAAAUUUAAAGUUCUCACUCUUACAGAGAAUAUGAGGCUAUCAUCCAAUGGACUUUCAAAUGAUCAAAAGAAAGAACUUGCUAUUUUUGCCAACUGGAUUCUUGCAAUAGGUGAUGGAACUCAACAUGAUGCUUUAUUCCCUGAUGAUUCUGAUGCAUCCAUGAUUAAAAUACCACAAGAUCUUUUGCUUGAACCUGGAUCUAACCCCAUAUUAGCAAUUGUUUCAGCAGUGUAUCCCUCUAUUCGUGAUAUCAAUAUUGAUCCAUGCUAUUUUAGAGAGAGAGCAAUUGUAACUCCAAGAAAUGCUACAGUUUCUGAAAUCAACGAUUUUAUCUUAAACAUGUUGCCAGGAAUGAAGCGGAUUUACCUAAGUACUGAUACUGUUUGCAAAACAUUGAGCGAUGGUGAUAAUGCAGAGAUUUUGUAUCCCGUUGAAUUUAUCAAUCAACUUGAGUUCAAUGGAGUGCCAUCCCACACAAUUUCCUUGAGAAUUGGCACACCAAUAAUGCUUUUACGCAAUCUUAAUUUAUCAGCUGGUUUAUGUAACGGAACAAGACUUAUUGUUACACAACUUGCUGAGAGGGUCAUAGAAGCUCAAAUAAUAACAGGGUCUUUUAUUGGCAAUCGUGUAUUUAUUCCAAGGAUUGUUUUUCCAAUAAAUGAUGCAAAAUGUCCAUUCACAAUUAAACGAAGACAAUUUCCUAUAAGACCGUGUUAUGCUAUGACAAUAAAUAAAAGUCAAGGACAAUCAUUGAAAGUUGUCGGGGUUUUUCUCAAGGAUCAAGUUUUCACUCAUAGACAAUUGUAUGUUGCUCUUUCACGGGUUACAUCAAGACAAUGA